AUGAACCGCGACAGCCUCCUCUCCGCCGCUGUUACCAAGAAGAACGCUCGCUCCGCGCGCGUGUCCAGCUGGGACCACUCUGGCAAGAAUGAAGACGCCUUCAUUGUGCGACCUGGCGAGUCGAUCGUCCUUGCCGACAUUGAGGGCCCGGGUGCGCUCACCCACCUGUGA